UGGCCCGACCGCGCGGACGUCCUCGCCGGCCGCGACGAGGACGCGAAGGGGACGUGGAUGGGCAUCACGAGGACCGGGCGCGUCGCCGUGGUGACCAACUAUCACGAGGAGACGCCGCGGCAUCCUCCGGGGACGUCGCCGUCGCGCGGGGAGCUGCCCGUGAAGUUCCUCGACGGCGACGACGCCCCGCUCGACUUUCUGCGCGCGCUGGCGGAGGAUGGCGGCGUCGUCGAGAAGUACAACGGGUUCUCGCUCAUCGUGGGCGACGCGAGGACGGGCGAGUUCGCGUGCCUCUCCAACCGCGGCGACGACGCCGGGACGGCGACGCCGCUCGCCGCGAAGCAAUCCGCGGAGUGCUCGGACGAGGACGUCGGCGGGGCGAUCUACGGCCUCUCGAACGCCGCGCUGGACGCGCCGUGGCCGAAGACUAAAAACGGGAAGAAGGCGAUGGAGGAGGAGAUGGCG